UCAUUACACCAUUGGGAGAGCGUGCACAGUUUGAUCAGAUUUACGUGGAAGACGAGACACUUUAUAUGUCCUAUACUCCUAAGGAAGCUGGAAAACAUAAAAUAUAUGGAUUAGAGAAACCGAAUGAAUUGGAGUUUUAUGUGAACAGCAAAGAUGCAGGGCUAAUAGCACAUGGACAGGGACUUGUCAUUGGCAGAGAGAAUCAAAUCUGUGAAUUCUUUUUAGAAUGUCCAAAAGAAUUUGGUUUGUGUCUUAUGAAUGACUCAGAUGAUACCUUUGAGUCAGAAAUAAAUAUAAUUGGACCAUCAAAGACCGGUGUUGUGUGCAAGCAAGUCGAACCAAACAUUUCUAAAAUUCAAUAUUUCCCGACAAAAGCAGGAAGAUAUCAAAUUCACAUUACGAAUGGCGGGAAACAAAUUUCUGGGUCUCCCUUCAGGGUCGUCAUAUUAGGUUAG